AUGGCUCGCUUUAUCCUCAUCCUCGCCGUCCUGACUACCGCUGCCUUCGCCAACAAGACCGCUGACAGGGUCUUUGAAAAGGCCACCUUUAAGGUCAGCGAGGUCAACUACAAAGUCGACGAAGUCUCCCAAUGCAUCACCCUCAUCCACCUCCAGGCCCUCGGCCAGACCGUCACCAACCUCAAUGCCACCGGCGAUUACAAGCUCCCUGAGAUCCCAACCACCUACAUUAACGAUCCCACUGCUUGUAUCCCUGAGUCUCUCUUCGACCAGUACUUUGAGCCCAUCGUUGCCAUCUCUAAGGAACAGAACCUUCUUGAAUCUUUUGACGCUGAGAAGCUUCACAGCCGCGAUCUUGAGGUCUUCAGUCGUGCUCGCAACUGUCCUCAGAUCAAGGAUGCUACUCUUAGCCGUGUUAAUUCUUGGAGUUGUAAUAGUGCGCCGCACCCUGCUUCUUGCCGAUCUUGCACAAACUUUUCUACUCUCAACUUUGUGGCUGCUUGUGUGGCUUGCGCGGCUAAGGCUAAUCAGGAGAGCAUCUUUUGCUGUGCUGCUGCUGCUACUAGCUUUGCUACCUACUACUCUCAGGUCUGCCUUGGGAAGUAG